AUGAUCGACACGGUGCUCCUGCGUCAACACACGGGCCAAGCCAGAAGCCGCUUUCGCACGGGUGUCUCGCUGUACAGGCUGACAGAUGAAGAGCUAUACAAUGAUGACUACCACCGGGAUCCCUCGUUCGGCCUCUCGGAGCUUACGGUCUACACGUGGGUGUACUGGACCUUCAUAGGGUCGGUGAGCUUCGGGCUGAUCGUGUCGUCGUUCGUGGUGCUGCCUUCGCUCGAGGUGGUCAGCGAAGCCCGCGAGUUGCAGCUCAUGACGGGCGUCUCGGGCUUCCUCUACCUGUUCGCCCAUUUCGUCUUCGACUUGGCUUUUUACGCAGUCCCGAUGGCGGCUAUUUUCCUAGGAUACUCCGCCAUUUUGGACCUGCCAUCGGAUACACGGGCAUCGCUUCUCGUCAUCGCACUGGCGUUUGCUCCUCUCGGCAUAUUUUUCGCCUACCUUACCACGGAGCACUCUUCUGACGGGAGCACGGCGUACGCCAUCAUGCUCGGCCUAUUCGCAGUAGCAGGCAAGUAACCAAGAAAAAAAAUUCGGCAGACGCCCUUAAGGCUGCUUACGUGUGGGAAUGCGAAAUCAUUAUAGUCCCUUUGGUGAAAUGUUUUCUUUUUUUUUUUUCACGCCUUCCUGUUACGCGCAAGCUCUCGUCUGCUCUCUAACUGCGCCUCGCGAUAGGGCCGAAUCAAAUCGCGUUGGGCGUAUGAACCCGCUCGCUUGCCCGCGAGGAGUUCGUAACUCGAAGGACCGCUCAGCGACGUUGAAUUGGGUAUUAAUGCUUUUUAUUCUAUGCACUUACUUAAUGCACUCAUGACGUGGCGCCACUUCCUCACUAUUGGCUGCGCCACCACGUUCCUAACGACGCACGCAUAGGCCACACGUUCAGAAAGCCAGCUGGUGGCAGCAACUUUAUUAAAAUUCCGCUCAGGUAAGAUCUGGCAGGCCUGGAUCCUAGAAUUGUCCCCCUCACGAGGAGCGACCCUUUCGGCCCAGGCAACGAGGGCAGGUUGCUGCGACGUGACGUGUGCAAUGACGCAGACACUACGCACAAUUUUCGUCAUCCAGAACCGUGGAGCCGCCGUGGCGCCGGGGGAGCGCGCUCGUCUCGCACCGCGAAGGCCCGGGCUCGAUUCCCACCCAGACCGAAAUUUACUAAAUUCUGUUUUCAAAGCCAUUCGUGUGCUUCAUUUACAGGAACAUCCCUAGGAAAUUGGACGUCAUUGCGAGCGUUUUUUGACGCGUCGUUACGGUUUGUGGGCUGGACAUUUUAGGUACUAUCGUUCGGUCACGCCGCCGACUACAGCGACAGAUGUUCGGGUAAUGCGGCAUAUAAUGAUUUCGCAUUAAAUUACGAAAAAUGCCUCGCAGUUUCAUUUUUCUAAUUUGGGUGUAACGCA